GCGAAGAGGCCAGAAAUGACAGUGUUCAAGUGUCUUGACUAUCGGCCCGCUUCGCUGCGUACACGCAGAGUCAUUAGCCACAGACAGACCAUUUACUCAGUCUGUGCCGAACCACCGCCGCGGUCAGACGUCAUGUACAAAACUGUUGUUUACUUGUUUUUGGUCGCCGCGUGCCACGGGCAGCCUCGGGCGGCGCAGUAUGUUGUACCCAAUGCUGUGCUGGAAGCUAUAUAUCCUAAGGGGCUUAGGGUAUCUGUGCCAGACGAUGGUUUCUCCCUCUUCGCCUUCCAUGGCAAGCUGAACGAAGAGAUGGAAGGUCUAGAAGGUGGGCACUGGUCCAGAGACAUCACCAAAGCCAAGGACGGACGGUGGACGUUCAGAGACCGCGAGGCGCAGCUGAAGCUUGGAGACAAGAUAUACUUCUGGACGUAUGUGAUCAAGAAUGGACUGGGGUAUAGGCAGGAUAAUGGGGAGUGGACUGUCACAGAAUUCGUCUACGAAAACGGCACUAAGGCGGACCCCGGCAACAACCCGAUCUACCAACCAGACAAACCACUACCAACCCCUGUCCAGCCAACCCAACCUCCCCCCACCCAACCACCUCCCACUUGUAAACCAAGCCCCACCCUAGUCCUGGGGAAGACCGUGUGUAAGGGAGAGGUCAUCUUUAGUGAAGAGUUUGAUAAGAGCGCCGUGAAGGAUUUGAAGCUUUGGGAGGGGGAGAAUAAGUUUCCCGAUGAGCCGGAUUAUCCUUUCAACGUAUAUAUGACGAAAGGAACAAUGGAACUGGAGAAUGGACAGCUCAUCAUCAGCCCCAAGUUGUUAGACUCCAUGUAUCAUGAGGGUUUCGUACAAGAGUCCUUAGAUUUAAGCGAUAUAUGUACAGGCACCAUAGACACCGCACAGUGCAAACGAGUGGCGAACGGAGCGGACAUCCUACCCCCCGUCACCACGGGAAAGAUCACCACCAAACACAAGUUCAACUUCAAGUUCGGAAAGGUGGAGGUGAUCGCCAAGAUGCCUGCUGGCAGCUGGUUGAUACCUGAAAUCAACCUCGAACCCCGUGAAAACUUCUACGGUUACCGCCGCUACGAAUCCGGUCUUAUCCGAGUCGCCUUCGUGAAAGGCAACGCCGAGUUCGCCAAGAAAUUAUACGGAGGCCCGGUACUGUCCGAUACGGAUCCGUUCCGGUCGCAACUGAUGAAGCAGAAGAUUGGCAUUGAGAAUUGGUGCAGUGGAUUCCAUAAUUACACCAUGAUUUGGAAGCCAGACGGCAUGGUGAUGCUAGUGGACGGUGAAGAAUACGGGAACAUCGAACCCGGCGAGGGUUUCUACACAGCCGCGCGGCAAGCUGCCGUGCCGCACGCCGGCAAUUGGCUCCGGGGGAGCAGUGUGAUGGCUCCUUUAGAUCAACUGUUCUACAUCUUGGGUCUCCGCGUGGGCGGUGUCCACGAUUUCGCGGACUCCGCGGAUAAGCCAUGGAAAAACAAAAACAACAAGGCUGUCCUCAAGUUCUGGGAAGCGAAGGACACCUGGUACCCGACCUGGCACGACGCUAGUCUGAAGAUCGAGUCGGUUAAGGUUUAUGCUUUAUAAGGAAUCA